AUGGCACCUGUGCCCGACUUGGACACGGGUGGACGCAUACUCGGCAAACGAAAGAUACAGGAGCUUGUGGGGCAGAUUGAUCCAUCAGAACGGUUGGAGCCCGAGGUGGAAGACAUUCUGUUGGAGAUUGCAGAUGAGUUUAUUGAGUCGGUAACAAAGUUUGCUUGUCGUUUGGCCAAGCAUCGCAAAUCCGAUACACUGGAAGUCAAAGACCUUCAGUUGCAUUUAGAACGGAACUGGAACGUCCGUAUACCCGGAUUUGCAGCAGAUGAGAUUCGUUCUUUACGAAAACCAGUCAUUCCAUCCAGUCAUCAAAGCAAAGUGCAAGCAGUCAAUGCAGCAAAAGCACAAGGCGCAUCAAGUCAUGCUAAAAAGGAUAAUAACUGA